AUGCGCCUCAACCGCCGCAAGUUGUACGGCAACUACCGCGCCGCACCAAAGCUGGCAGAGGACCACCUCCAGAGUCUGGGCGAGAAGCCUCCUGUCUCCCGUAUCGAAGAGGUGAAGGUUCCGUCCAACGCAAUCUCGCCCGUCAACCCCCCUCCACACGUGCUCUUCCGCUGCCGUCUCACUGUCGGCACAAGCACGGGCCGCAUCAAGUCCUUCGCUGUCGAGAGUCCCCUGCGCUCCUCGGCAAUCCUCGCAUACCAGCACGCAGCGUACUAUUUGUGUGUGCGGUUCGGGAUCGACUCCAACCUCAAGCUUCCAGUAAGCCCCCCGAAGCCCAAGGCUGGCAAGAAGAAGAAGGCCCGCUGGACGGCGGCGCAACGCGCGGCGCGUAAAGCGGAGAAGGCAGUGACUGCGCCACCGCCCGAGGUCCCGCCCGAGGCCGCACUCGAGGACCAAGCAACGCGAGGCGACAACACCGACGAGAUGCCUAUCGAAGACGAAGACUACGCGUACUCGGGGCGCGAAGGCGCGGUCUUCAUGGACCCCGACGGCGCUGAGUUCACCGGGCUCUGGGGUGGCGCGCUGUCAGACGUCGAUGAUGACGGCACGCAGUAUCCCAUCCGGACUUCGUCGCCCCUAUACUUUCCCCCCAACGCCGACCGCGACGCAUACAUGAUCGCCUUGGUGAGGAAUCGGGUGGCAGCUUGGGAGGACCUCGGUGGCAGCGCCGGGUUCGGAGCUGCGGCAGACGAUACGGGGGUCGGAGCCGCCCGGGAGGACGCUGUGGGUGAACAGGCGUAA